AUGGGGUGGAAGUGGCUGGGCGCGCUGGUGCUGUUCCCGCUCCAGAUGCUCUACCUGGUGGCCAAGGCGGCCGUGGCGCGCGUGCUGCCCGCCAGGCUGCGGGACCUGUCCCGGGAGAACGUGCUCAUCACCGGCGGCGGCAGGGGCAUCGGGCGCCAGCUCGCCCGCGAGUUCGCAGAACGCGGCGCCCGGAAGAUCGUCCUCUGGGGCCGCACCGAGAAGUGCCUGAAGGAGACCACGGAGGAGAUCCGGCAGAUGGGCACCGAGUGCCACUACUUCAUCUGUGACGUGGGCAACCGGGAGGAGGUGUACCAGACGGCCAAGGCCGUUCGGGAGAAGGUGGGUGACAUCACCAUCCUAGUGAACAACGCCGCCGUGGUCCACGGGAAGAGCCUGAUGGACAGCGAUGACGACGCCCUCCUCAAGUCGCAGCACAUCAACACCCUGGGCCAGUUCUGGACCACCAAGGCCUUCCUGCCACGCAUGCUGGAGCUGCAGAACGGCCACAUCGUGUGCCUCAACUCGGUGCUGGCGCUGUCCGCCAUCCCCGGCGCCAUCGACUACUGCACGUCCAAGGCCUCGGCCUUCGCCUUCAUGGAGAGUCUCACGCUGGGGCUGCUGGACUGCCCGGGCGUCAGCGCCACCACCGUGCUGCCCUUCCACACCAGCACCGAGAUGUUCCAGGGCAUGAGGGUCAGGUUCCCCAACCUCUUCCCGCCCCUGAAGCCGGAGACGGUGGCCCGGAGGACGGUGGAGGCCGUGCAGCUCAACCAGGCGCUCCUGCUGCUCCCGUGGACGAUGCACGCCCUCAUCAUCUUGAAAAGCAUACUCCCACAGGCUGCGCUGGAGGAGAUCCACAGAUUCUCAGGAACCUACACCUGCAUGAACACUUUCAAAGGGCGGACAUAG